GCGUUGCAUAGUUGCAGAAGCUGAACCCGAGCAGAGGCUGGCAGUAGGGGAGGCUGUGAAGAAUCCCCACCAACAGGCCCAUGAUCACAAUCGCGAGCAGCCAGGCUUAUGUACCUUACAUUGUUUGACGACUUCGCUGACGUCACUCACUGCAGAAUUACACACAUUCUUUCACAUGAGUGUUUUUGAGAUGAGACCACCAAUGAAGUCAGGCCUCCUCAUCAUAAAGUCUGGCCUCCUCAUCAUAAAGUCAGGCCUCCUCAUCAUAAAGUCUGGCCUCCUCAUCAUAAAGUCAGGCCUCCUCAUCAUAAAGUCAGGCUUCCUCAUCAUAAAGUCUGGCCUCCUCAUCAUAAAGUCAGGCCUCCUCAUCAUAAAGUCUGGCCUCCUCAUCAUAAAGUCAGGCCUCCUCAUCAUAAAGUCUGGCCUCCUCAUCAUAAAGUCAGGCCUCCUCAUCAUAAAGUCAGGCUUCCUCAUCAUAAAGUCUGGCCUCCUCAUCAUAAAGUCAGGCCUCCUCAUCAUAAAGUCUGGCCUCCUCAUCAUAAAGUCAGGCCUCCUCAUCAUGUUACUGUAUCAGGAACCAAAACUCACUAAGUCCUCAUGAAGUAAUUGACCUGGUGGAGAAACGUAACACAUCCAUAGAUUGGCUGAGAUGUACCUAAGGAAAGGUUUGGGAACCAAUGGGCAGUUUAUCCAGCCAUCCAACUAGAUAUCACUCUUUGGAGGACAAAUUAAAUUCUUCUUUAUUGUUUAUUGUAACUUAAUCAUUUAACUAUGUUCUAUUACAGACAUUGAUUUAUGAUGAAUAUAUGGGAAAAUGGAUAGUAACCCUCAAUUACCAUCACCUCUCUGGCCUUAGUGCCACCUACUGGUCACAUUACACUGAUGCAGGAAUGACACAAAGUAAAAAAUGAUGCAAUAUACUUUUAAACUGUGUUGUGUGACUGCUGUCAGUGCAAAAAUGAUUGUCAAGGGAACUGUGAUCACUCACAGCAUCCACAAGGGGGCAUUCGUGCUUCACUAUAAAUUCUCUUUAAUUUGAAUUUCUAGAUGCAUAUAAAGGUCUGGGCUGAAAUGUAAUUGUUCUUGCUGAAACCAAGGACCAGCACUUCUGUGCCACUGCAUCCCUGUCUUAUUACAGAGAUGGGUGCCAUGAUUGCAAAAUGCUAUUUCUGAAAAACUUUUACCAGGCGUCUCUGUUAUUCUUUCCAGCUGCUUAUUUAACCAAAUAAAUCAGGAGCAUUUUAAGGAAGAAAAUCCAGAAAGUUCUACCCAACUAAAAUCCAUGGAGGGGAACACGACAGUUUACCAGCCAUUUGGGUUUUUCAUUAUGGGCUUUCAGGGCCUGAAGGACACUAAUUAUUAUUUCAUGUUCUUGGGCGUCCUUUACAUCGGAACGCUUCUAGGGAACUUUUUCCUGAUGAUGGUGAUAUGGCAGUCUGAGGCUCUUCACACGCCAAAGUACAUGGUCGUGUUCAGCCUUUCCGUCAUAGAUGUGAGCCACAGUACUGCCCUCGUGCCAAAAUGCAUCGAUCAGUUCCUCUUCAACUCACAGUUUGUGCCGUACAACCUGUGCCUGACCCAGAUGUUCUUCAUCCACUCCUUCUACACCAUAGAGUCGUAUUCUUUGGUUAUCCUGGCUUUUGAGAGGCUGGUCUCCAUCUGUUUUCCCCUGCGGAGCAGCACCAUCAUCACCAACACCCGAAUGGUGGGCGUCGUCGCUUUCUGCUGGGCCCUGGCCUUUACUCUUCUGGGUACAAUGGUAGCUCUGAUCACUCGCCUGUACUUUUGUAAGCCAAUUCCCGUGGUUGUAAGCUACUUUUGUGAUCAUGGCCCAGUGUUUAAAAUGGCCUGUACUGACAACACUGUGAACUGGAAGAUUACUACUGUCUUCAUGAUCGUUGUCAUUUUUGUGCCCCUGGCAUUCAUCUUAGCCUCGUAUGUGUGCAUUGUUAUCGCCAUCUCCCGAAUCAAUUCUGCCGAAGGGCGAUGGAAGGCAGUGAGAACCUGCACUGCACACCUCAUUCUGGUAGCGAUGUUUUUCAUGCCCAUCCUGGUGAUUUACACCAUUGCAUGGAUUAACGUCACGAUUGAAGUUAACACCCGAAUUCUUAACACAUCACUGUCAAUGGUCUUACCUGCCCUCCUGAACCCUGUCAUUUACUCGCUUAAGACAGAGGAGGUGAUGGAGCAAAUUAGAAAGCUUCUACGAAAGCAUGUGUUAAAACCAAAACAUUAGUUUUAGUACAUCC